UUCAAACGCGGCGCGGAGCCGGCGCGGCCGCGCCCAUGGAGCCGCGGCUGGUGGGGCCCGGGCCGUACCGCGCCACCCGCUUGUGGAACGAGAUAAUCGAGCUCUUCCGAGCUGGGAUGCCCUUACGGAAGCAUCGCUGUCGUUUCAAGAGCUACGAGCGUUGCUUCAAAGCCUCGGAGGCAGUGGACUGUUUGCAUGAGCUACUUGGCUCUAACCAAAACUUUGGCCCAGAAGUGACUCGCCAUCAAACGGUUAAGCUGCUAAAAAAAUUCCUGAAAAAUCAUGUUAUCGAAGAUAUUAAAGGAAGGUGGGGCAAAGAGGACUUUGAAGACGAUGGCCAUUUAUAUCGAUUUCCUCCUUCCUCACCACUGAAGUCAUAUCCAAAGAAACCUUCAUGUGGAAAGGAAGUAAUUAAAUUUCCAGACUGGAAUGAACCGAAGGCUGGCCCUUCUCAAGAGCACAUCCCAGUGAAAUCCGUCACAAUGAACUCUGAGAUGUGGUACAAGCGACACAGCAUAGCUAUCGGGGAAGUACCAGCAUGCAAACUUGUGUUCCGCAGAGAGCUAACACAAACAAAUAUAGAAGAGAUAUGGAAAUCCAUGACUUUAUCACGAUUACAAAAGGUCUUGGGUUUGGAUUCUCUGGAUGAAGUUUUAGACACAAAACUUGUGAAUUCAAAACAUAUAGUUCAAAAUGUAUAUAAUGUCAAUAAGCAAGGCAUUGUCACUUUAGAAGACAAAUCAAAGGAACUACCUCAUUGGAUAUUAUCUGCAAUGAAAUGUCUAGCAAAUUGGCCCAGCUGUUCAGAUCUGAAGCAGCCUACGUACUUAGGCUUUGAAAGAGAUGUCUUCAAAACUAUAGUGGACUACUUUGGCCAGAUGAAAGAGCCCCUUCUCACAUUUCACUUUUUUGAUAUUUUUGUUAGUGUGUUAGGACUGCUGCAAAAACCUAGCAAGGCUGUGGAAGCUCUUCAGAUAUCUUGUCUCCUACUGCCACCAGAGAAUAGAAAAAGACUACAGCUGUUGGUGAGAAUGAUGGCAAGAAUUAGUCUAAACCAGGAUUUGCCACCUCUUUCUGAAUCAAUGAGGACCAGAACUUUGAUAGUUCAGGUGUUUUCCCGUUGUAUUCUCUGCUCAAAGGAUGAGAUAGACUUGGAUGAACUUCUUGCUGCUAAACUAGUAUCUUUUCUCAUGGAUAAUUAUCAAGAGAUCUUAAGUGUUCCUUCUGCUUUAAAGUCUUCCAUAGAGGAUCAUGUUGUACAUCUCCAGAGAGUCCAAAUAAAAUAUGCUGGGGCUGAUAGUGAUGCAACACUUCCUACUCCAUCAUUUUGUCACCAAAUCACUACAGGUGAAUUUGAAUACCAAAGGGCAACUGGCUCUCAAGAACCACUGGCAGCUUUGUUGGAAGAAAUUGUAAUGAAUAAAGAGAUAUCUGUCAAAGAUAAAAAGAAGAAGCUCAAGCAAUUUCAGAAAUCUUACCCUGAAGUGUACAGAGUACGAUUUCCUAGCCCUGAAACUGAAGCGAUGCUAUUUCCUGAAAAAACUAAACAGAAACCACCAAUACUGAUGUGGGCCUUAAAAAAACCUUUUCAACCGUUUCACAGAACCAGAAGCUUUCGGAUGUAAAUGGUUUGAAAUAUAUCAGCAAAUGAACAGAGAAUGUAUUGUCAAUGGAUCACAUGCAAAAGGAGCCUGAGCAGCAUGUGGUUACUCAAAAAAAACUACUGGGGAUACUGCUAAAAUUGUAGAAAAUGUUGAAAGAAGAGGAGGAAAGUAUUGAGGUUAUAGUAAUGUGAACCGUUAUCAGUAUUUUUGUAAAGAUUUUUUUUUUAAAUGUCUGUUACUUUAAACCAAGCAACAAAAAAAAACAGUUACAAAAAAACCUAAACACACAAACCCACCACACACUCAAGGGGAUUAUCCUAUAUAUGGGUGAUAAUGUACACUUGCUGUGGUUUGGUUUGACUAUCAUUUUAAAGUCUAAAUGUAUUUGUAUGUAAUGUAUUCUUUGUAACUAGUCAACAGCUUUUUUUCCUCCCUGAAAAUCAGUGUCUUGCAUAAACUAGGCUGUAUUAGUACACAUAUAGUGUGAGGAAUUGACUUCCUGUACAUGCUUGAGUAAGUAUGAAACACUGGAUUUUGCUUUGCUUUUUGUGAGAAACUGUAAUAUUAAAAGUUAAUGAUACAACCAAUUGGCCGUUUGCAAAAGCAGCAGGUUUUGCUUUGUUUGUACCCCUCAGCCAGAGGGGAAGGGGACUGUUUUUGGGUAUGUGGUCACAAAACCUCUAACAUGCAUAAAAGCAGCCUGGGUGCAGAGAGCAUGAGCACCCAUCACCAGAGGAUGGCCACAACAAACCCGCCUUUGUGUAGCAGCAAGCUGGGGUUUGAGACA